AUGGAGCACUGCUAUUUGAGGCAGCCGAUCUCGAGGGCCGAGGCAAUGCCCGAGAGGAGGUCCAGGUUCUGGCAGAUGGAUGCGCCGCCUCCACCCCGGGCUGAGGUCAUCUGCCCCCAGCCUCGCCGCGCCACCCGUCUUCCCUUCGCUGUGGAAACCGUGAACAAAGCCAGCCCCAAGACGAACGGUGCAUUUCCGCUGUACAGAUCAGACUCCACUGCUGAUAUACUUGACCUUAUCCUCAGUAAGAAUGACUCAGAUGGAGAUUCGAGCAGCCAGGUGGGCUUUUUAUGUGGCUCGCCUCCAGUACGCACUAACAACCCUGUUAUCCAUGAUCCACAGUUUGGUAUAAGAGUGCCAUCCUUUUCUCCUUUAGGGAGCUCCUAUGGCAAAGCACCAACAGUAAGAGUUGAAGUAGGCUCGCCAUCUUGCGGUGUUAGCAGCAGCCCAAAAGUAAGAAUCGAAGGUUUCGCCUGUGGCAACUCUGAGACCCACUAUGCAGUUACCUUUGUCUGA